UAAUAAUUAGUUCGUGAUAUUCAUCCUCACCAUUUCUAGAUUACUGCUCAUUCAUAUCUAUCUCUUCUCAAAACCCACCUGAAGUAUCUUCUGUAGGAUCUGUUUUAGGUUCCAAAAGAAGCAGAGUAGAAUACUGCGGUUAGGGCUUUAACUAUGAUGGAUGUAGAUAACUUCCAACGCGGGAGAGAGUUACUGUUCGAUCAUCAUCAUUUUCUUGACGAGCGGGAGACUCCAUCGUCGGAAAUGAAGGUUUACGGUGGCUCCGAUUACAAGCAAGGCUGGAGAUUUCCUGAAGGUGAGGGAAAUGGGUUUGUUGAGUCGAGGACUAUUGAAGCUGGGCUUGUUUCGUCGUCUGAGACGACUGAGGAAGACGACGAUUACAUUGCUGAGUUGACUCGUCAAAUGACUCAGUAUAUGCUGCAAGACGAUGACAAACACGCUCUCAAAACCAGUAUUACUAGCUCCGAGAAAAAUGGAGAGGUAACAUCUGAGUCGUGGGGUCGUGUCGGUUGGCCAAGUGACUCUGCGACGAUAUGGUCACCGUUGGGAUCGAGCAGCGGAAGUCCAGAAGGUCCAUCUCAGGAGCCAUCGCCGCCGGUGACGCCAGGCAAUAAAGACCAAGCUUCGGAGCAUAAAAGUCCUCCGUCGUACGCCGCCGUAUUGUGCAAGUUGGACAAGUUAGAAACGAACAAACAAGGAAACCCAAGUGGAACUACCCAAGUAGCUGAAGCUGAAAAUCCAAAGCAAGGUGUAGCUUUUGAUCAAAGCCAAGACUCUAAGAUUAAGUUUAAGCUAAAGCAAGGGAAAAGUUCCAAGAAGCGAAACUCAACAAAGAAUGGUACACAACCGAAGCAUAUCACUCAUCAGGAAUUUGAGUCCUACAACCAAAAGGAAGUAGGGUCUUGUGUUAAUGGUGGAUUAAGGCCUCCUCUACCUAUGGCCAAUUUUCCGUGGCUGAACAACCAGCAAGGCCCCUCGGAUAUGAGGGCUGCCUUCCAUAGCCUGUCGGGCUCCGGCUCGAGAGUCGGCACGCCGUCGUGCGGAACUGGUGUCUUCUUGCCCUGUGUUAUUGGUAAUACAUCCCAGUCAUCCAAGAAUAAAAGAGGAUGUUCCCCUGUUCUAAUACCCGCGAAGGUAGUCCAAGCCCUGAAGGUUCAUUUCGACCGAGUGGGCGAGCUACCUCGACAAAACCCUACUGCCUUCCCCAUACAAAACGAUUCCUCAAAGGGUGGAAGGAGGACAAGCACGUUGGCAAAUAGAAAGCGCCACCCGAGAGGCACGGCACCGCCGGACAUGAACAAUAAUGAGAUAACUCUACCUCAAGAAUGGACGUAUUGACUUUGCCAAAGCUAAGGCAAAUGCCUAUGCUUAUUAUUUCCUCACCACCUAAGUGUUGCUAAUCUCUCAUUUUCACUUAUGGUGGUGUCACUGUGAUGCUUUGGUUUUUUCUUAGCAAAUAAGGAAAGGGGGAUUAAGAUGGAAUAAAGAGGAAGAUGAUGACAUACAGAUUGAAGUCGAUCAAUUAGAUAUGUUGGGGAAUCCAUUAGAUUAUACAUUAGGACAAACAGAUCGAGAUUGACAAGAAUAUUAUCUUGUAUAAUUUCUCUCUUUUAUGAUCUUUCCAGAAAAAUAAACAAACAAUAAGUUUGAAUUUGUCAGCUGCAGAGGCCGGGCUGGGCUUGAAUAGCUUAAGCAAAUACUGUAAAUAGAUGUCUGCUCAUCAGGUGCUAGUGACUGACAUUUCUACUGUAAGCAUUUGGUGAAGUAAUAAUAUUGCUUGUAGUUGGUUUUCCACAUGAAUACAAUCAAGAAAUUUAUAUCGUCA